AUGGACGAUAUGUUCAUUAGUCAAAUAUGGCAAAAACAAACAGAAUUUCAAAUGCCAACACCAUUAAAUCAAAUGCAACAAGCAGAUUAUCAAAAAUGUAUUAAUAAAUUUUCUGCUCUAUUUAAUCUUCCAUUACGUGUUCGAUGUAUAUCGGUGGAAACUUUGUGGAAUGGAAACAUUGAACAAGCAACAAUCAGUUCUCAAAAUCGGAAUCCAUUGAAAAUGUAUUGGCAGCGAAAUAUAACAGAACUUCGUCUAGUUCUUAAUAGAAAAAUGUUGACAACUGAAUUAUUACCAGUAGCAAUGAGAGAUGAUUUAAAUAAAUUAUUAAAUGUAACGAUGAUAGAAAUUCAUCGCCAUCGUCGAAUUCAAUUAACACGAUUCGUUAAACAAGAUGUACUUACUCCAUGUCUCACAUUUCAUUUUAACAUAAUUGAUGACCAAAAUGUACUGGUUAUUACCAUAAAUGGAAAACAAAGUACGUUAGAAUUUAACAUACCACCUGUAAGUACAAUAUCAGGUGAGAAUAGUAGAGGAAGAGGAAUUAUGACAACAAAAACUGUCAAACCCUCACAGUCAUUAGCAUUUACCAAAACGGUACACCAAAGGCAAUAUUCACCCUACAGGAGAGCAGUUGAAAGCACUCAACCAACAACUUUAUUGCAGAACACAUCAGUUAUACCUUGGAGAUUACCAGAAAGACGAUCGGUGCUAUCGAGCACAAUCAAUAUUGACGUACAAAGUCAAGUGAAUGACAACAAUGAAGACAUAGAACACAUGUCAACGAAUGCAAUUUUUGAUACUUUGAAAUCAAUAACACAAACAGUAAUUACCAGUACAAUAAAUCCACUAUCAGCUCAACAUAGCAAUCGUUUCAGUUCAGAUAAUCAUAUUGGUACAACAAAUAAUGACGAACUCGUAUUACUGCCAACUCACGAUGAGCAACAAAGAGUGCAUCAGUACUCCUUAAACACUUUGUCUUCAAGAUCAACGUUAACAACAAUGAAAGAUGAUGAAAACAAACGUACGUUUCAUGGUACAUAUAAAAAAAUGGGCGAAGAUGCUCAAUUAAGACCAAUAACAUGCUUAUUCAAUAUCAUAUUAGAUGUCGAUGUCCAAUUAGCAUUAACCUUAGCUGAAUUUGGAUUGUCGGCACAACCAACCACUGAACUUGAAGAAAAUGUAUUAUGA